CGAGGCCAGUAGGGUGAAAUGCCUUGCUCUCAAGGACACAACGUCAUUUAACACAGUCGUGUUCGUUGUCCGUGUCCCUUGUUGGACUUCAAGGAAUUUGGUCAACCUAGCUUUGGAAUUUCAAUCAUGUUUGUUUAUAUUUCAUAUAAGAUUGGCGUUAUUCGUAUUGCAACUUGGAAAGCCAUUACCCAGCUCUGGUUUUCUAAUCACACAAGCAGUGGUCCUAUUGAAAAACUUUAACACAACAUGCUGAAUCCAACAUGCGUGUCCAAUGUUUCCAUCAAAACAUACAAUAAUGUGAAAACAAUAAUAAUUUUUUAACCACAUCCACCAGAAUUACUUUAACCCCUCCCCUUCCAGUUCGUAUCAUUGGGGCAUUCACCCCACCAGCAACCACCUGCUCAUCCCAGACAUCCCCUUCCUGCUAGCCCGAUUCGCUAACCGCUCAGCCAUCUGACCCUCUUCGGAUUCCUGAUUAAGGAAGUGUACGAUCCCAAGUUAACUUUUGCGCAUAUCAUCAAAUGUGACCCCCCUUCGUUGUCCGUGUCCCUUGUUGGACUUCAAGGAAUUUGGUCAACCUAGCUUUGGAAUUUCAAUCAUGUUUGUUUAUAUUUCAUAUAAGAUUGGCGUUAUUCGUAUUGCAACUUGGAAAGCCAUUACCCAGCUCUGGUUUUCUAAUCACACAAGCAGUGGUCCUAUUGAAAAACUUUAACACAACAUGCUGAAUCCAACAUGCGUGUCCAAUGUUUCCAUCAAAACAUACAAUAAUGUGAAAACAAUAAUAAUUUUUUAACCACAUCCACCAGAAUUACUUUAACCCCUCCCCUUCCAGUUCCUAUCAUUGGGGCAUUCACCCCACCAGCAACCACCUGCUCAUCCCAGACAUCCCCUUCCUGCUUUCAACAAAACAGCACCACAAUCCCUCUGCCUACCAUGCAAACAAGGAUACAAAACAUCCAAGCUAUGUUACCCCCAUUCAAAUUGUAUUAUUUAUGUUCUUCUUCACGCCCCUGUCCCCUGUGGAUGGGGGCACUGUCAUCCUGAAAGCGCACUCCCAUCAGGUGAGAAAUGUUUCAUAGAGAAUUAAUAUAUUCAAUCAAAGGUCGUAUCUGCAGUUACCCUUUCCUCCAAGGGCACAACUGAACCCAACCAUGCGAGGAAAAUGCCCCCCACAGUAUUAUAGUGCCAUGUAUGGCAAGCAUCAAGCCUGUUAAAAAAGGACAAAUGAACACUAUUCUGUCUAGCUGUAAAUGCAAUGUAUCUGAGUAAAAACACUUACUUUCAUCAGUUAAACAGAAGGUUUUCGUCAUGGUUAUGAAAAAUUACUUGAUGGAUUGGAUAAUGUAGCAAAGGACUGCUGAGGCAUUACAGAAAACAUACAAUCUCAAAUAUAGAAAGAUCCCUCCCCGAUACCUAUCCAUUUAAAAACAACAAUAAAUAUAUGAGAAUGAAAGCCCCUUGUAGAGUUAGUUGAACUUUAUAUAAAAAUUGGGAACAACCAUACUCUACUGGAUGAUUUUUAUUAUAAAAUAAAUAAAUAACAUGCAUCCUUAAAGAAGUGUGGAGAGUAUAAGUUAAACUGUGAGAAAGAGGUAAUGCACGGAAUGGUUUUAUCAUACUUUAGAAAAUAAACAGUUUGGGAGAUGGUUAAUCUUCUGGGAGCGCUUCUUACCAUAGAGAUUAGAUCUGCGUUUCCACUGGUGCUAAAGCAAAGAUUUAAUCAUUCCUCGGUGUACCAAAGCAAAGACAUUGUCGAGGUCGAAUGUUGCCAGAUUUGAAGUUAAUCUUCAGAAUGUAUCCAUGUUUGAGGAUCAGCCGCUCGGCGCUGACCUCAAUUAAGCGUGUGCACAAGAGAGACUCACUGGCUGCGCACGGCUCGCACAAUUUCUAUCACAAUUCAAAUAAUGACAGGGAAAAAUUGUACUUUGAAUAUAUACUAUAGAUACUCAUUCUAUUGGGGACCGUACUCUUUACACGUGUCAUUUUUGCAUGGUAAAACUGUGCUACAAUUGUAAGAUGAUGUGCGACGGAGAGAUGUGGACUGGAUUACAGAUUUUUUUAAUUACGGACACAAAGACUUUAUCAGCAUGAAUUAGAUGAAGAAAAUAUAUCAAUGUGAAAUCUGAUCUUGAAUUUAGUACCAUGGCGAAUAGGAAAGGACAUUUAUUUUCCCUGUUCUACUUCAUCGUGGAGUUUUGUCUGAGUUCGCAGCAAGUCCUAAGAAUUGGGGGUAUAUUUGAGACCUUGGAGAAUGAACCCAUUAGUGUUGAAGAAUUGGCCUUCAAAUUUGCUGUUACCAACAUUAACAGAAACCGGACCUUAAUGCCAAACACCACCUUGACCUAUGACAUUCAGCGAAUAAACCUUUUUGACAGUUUUGAGGCUUCUAGGAGAGCUUGUGACCAGCUGGCACUUGGUGUUGGAGCUGUCUUUGGGCCCUCUCACAGCUCUUCAGUCAGUGCUGUCCAGUCCAUCUGUAACGCUCUGGAGGUGCCUCACAUCCAGACCCGCUGGAAACACCCUUCUGUGGAUAACAAAGACAGCUUCUACAUCAACCUAUACCCUGAAUAUGCCUCCAUCAGCAGAGCUGUGCUGGAUAUUGUGCAGUAUUAUAAGUGGAAGACAGUCACUGUUGUGUACGAAGACGCUACUGGGUUGAUUCGUUUGCAAGAGUUGAUAAAGGCUCCAUCCAGAUACAGCAUAAAAAUCAAGAUUCGCCAACUUCCCAGUGGAAGUAAAGAUGCUCGUCCACUGUUAAAAGAGAUGAAGAAGGGGAAGGAAUUCUAUGUCAUUUUUGAUUGCUCCUACCAAACAUCAGCAGAUGUCCUAAAGCAGAUUUUGUCAAUGGGCAUGAUGACUGAAUACUACCACUUCUUCUUCACGACACUGGACUUGUUUGCCCUGGACCUGGAGCCUUACCGUUACAGUGGUGUGAACAUGACAGGGUUCCGCCUUCUCAACAUAGACAAUUCCCAGGUGGCCUCUGUAGUAGAGAAGUGGUCUAUGGAGCGCAUGCAGGCCCCACCAAAACCUGAGACUGGCAUGUUGGAGGGCAUGAUGACAACAGAGGCAGCUCUGAUGUAUGACGCUGUCUACAUGGUUGCAGCAGCGUCCCAACGCUCUUCCCAAAUCACUGUCAGCUCCCUUCAGUGCCACAGGCACAAACCAUGGCGCUUUGGAUUACGCUUCAUGAACAUGUUCAAAGAUGCUCAGUGGAAUGGCUUGACAGGGCAAAUUAUUAUUAACAAGACAGAUGGCUUACGGAAAGACUUUGACCUAGAUGUCAUCAGUCUAAAGGAGGAUGGCGUGGAGAAGACAAUCGCGGGCAAUAGUCGACUGAAUAAAGUGUGGAAAAAGAUUGCUGUAUGGAAUUCCAACACAGGCCUUAAUUUAACUGACAGCAACAAGGACUUGUCCACAAAUGUCACAGAUUCCAUGGCCAACAGAACCCUUGUUGUCACCACUAUUUUGGAAAAUCCAUAUGUCAUGCAUAAGAAAUCAGAUAAACCAUUGUAUGGGAAUGACCGGUUUGAGGGCUACUGUCUGGACCUGCUAAAAGAGCUGUCCAACAUUUUGGGAUUUGCAUAUGAGGUCAAGCUGGUGUCUGAUGGGAAGUAUGGCGCUCAGAAUGACAAGGGAGAGUGGAAUGGCAUGGUCCGAGAACUCAUUGACCAUGUGGCUGACCUUGCUGUGGCUCCUCUCACCAUCACCUAUGUGAGGGAGAAGGUCAUCGAUUUCUCCAAACCAUUCAUGACUCUUGGCAUCAGUAUCCUGUAUCAUAAGCCCAAUGGCACAAAUCCAGGAGUUUUCUCUUUCCUCAACCCCCUUUCCCCCGAUAUUUGGAUGUAUGUGCUGCUGGCAUGCCUUGGUGUCAGUUGUGUGCUAUUUGUCAUUGCAAGGUUUACACCAUAUGAGUGGUACAACCCUCACCCCUGCAACCCUGACUCAGAUGUGGUGGAGAACAAUUUCACUCUAAUCAACAGUGUCUGGUUUGGAGUUGGAGCACUUAUGCAGCAAGGAUCGGAGCUGAUGCCUAAAGCCCUCUCCACAAGAAUUGUUGGAGGAAUAUGGUGGUUUUUCACGUUGAUUAUAAUCUCAUCAUACACUGCUAACUUGGCUGCCUUUCUGACUGUGGAGAGAAUGGACUCACCUAUAGACUCAGCAGAUGACUUGGCCAAGCAAACCAAAAUAGAGUAUGGUGCAGUGAGGGAUGGGUCCACAAUGACUUUUUUUAAGAAAUCAAAGAUCUCCACCUAUGAAAAGAUGUGGGCGUUCAUGAGUAGUAGGAAGAACACGGCACUGGUGAAGAAUAACAGGGAAGGGAUCCAAAGAGUCCUCACCACAGACUACGCUCUUCUCAUGGAGUCCACCAGCAUCGAAUACAUCAGCCAGCGCAACUGCAACCUCACUCAGAUUGGUGGACUAAUAGACUCCAAGGGCUACGGAGUGGGAACUCCCAUUGGUUCCCCCUACAGAGAUAAGGUGACUAUAGCCAUUCUCCAGCUCCAGGAAGAAGGGAAGCUUCACAUGAUGAAGGAAAAGUGGUGGAGAGGUAAUGGCUGCCCUGAGGAGGACAGCAAAGAGGCCAGCGCCUUGGGUGUAGAGAACAUUGGAGGGAUCUUCAUAGUCCUGGCUGCUGGGCUAGUCCUCUCAGUUUUUGUAGCUAUCGGAGAGUUUAUAUACAAAUCCAGAAAAAAUUUGGACAUUGAGGAGGUGAGUGUUGGUCAGUGUGAGUGGCACAAUAAGUAUUAA